AUGAUCUUUUGGAAUGUGGCAGGGCUGAAGAAGAAGGACAGAGAAUUCUGGGAAUACAUAGAAGGAUUUGACAUUAUAGGACUAUGCGAAACGUGGGUAGAAGAAAAGGAAUGGGAGAGAAUGAAAAGGAAUAUGUCAAAGAAAUUUGAAUGGAAAUGUCAAUACGCGAUUAGAGAGAAAUGUAAAGGUAGGGCUAAGGGAGGUAUAAUAACAGGCAUAAGGAAAGAGAUAGAGGAGAUAGAUAUUAAGGAAGCGGUAUUUGUAAACGGAAUGCAGGAGAGGAGGCUGAGGGUAGAGGGGGAAAUAUGGAGAAUAAUAACGGUAUAUAAUGGGGAGAAAAUGAGAACAUUACGAAGAGAAUUAGAGGAAAUGAUAGAGGAAAGGGAGGAGGAAAUUCUAUGUAUAGGGGGAGAUUUUAAUGCAAGAAUAGGGGGUGAGGGUAAGAAUUACGAGGGGGACAACGACGAGGAAAGACAGAGAAGCUCUAAAGAUGGGGUAAUAAACACGGAGGGAAAGGAAUUUUUAGGGAUGCUGGAGGAGAGGGGAUGGGAGGUAGGGAACGGUAAUAUGAGAGGUGACGAGGAAGGAGAAUGGACGUACUCCGGAGGAAGAGGAACAUCGGUGGUGGACUACAUGGUGGUGAAUCGAGAGGCGUGGGAUAGAGUGAUCAAGUUAACGAUAGGAGAAAGGGUGGAGUCGGACCACCAACCCUUGGAGGUAGAAAUAAGGGGAGGAGUAGAAAGGUUGGAGGAAGAGAUGCAAAAGAAGACAAAGGAAGUGAUACAGUGGGACGAAGAGAGUAUCAAGAAGUAUAAGGAGAAAGCGGAAGAGGUAGAGGUGGAGGGGGAAGAGGUGGAGGACGUCUGGGAAAACCUGAAGAAGGCAGUAGAGAAAAGUAUGGUAAGGAAAAGGAUUACGAUAAGGAGGAGGAAAAUAGGAGAGAAGGAUUGGUGGGACGAGGAGUGCAAGAGAAAGAAAAGGGGGCUGAAGAGGACAUAUAAAAGAUGGAGAAUGGGAAAGGAAGGAAAGGAGGUAUAUGUGAAACUAAGAAGAGAAUUUAGGGAGAUGUGCAGAAGGAAGGAAGAAAAAAGACUAGAGAAUUAUGAGGAAGAAGUCAGGAGCGCGAAAACAGAAGAACAAAUAUGGAAGAUAAUUAACAAGGAAAGGAAGAAAAGAGUACCAAUUGAGGAAGAUAUAAAGAUGGAGGAAUGGGAGAAUCAUUUUAUGCAGUUGUUGGAAGGAAGUAAAGAGGACAGGAGAGAGGAGGUGGAAAGAAGAAGUAAGGAAGAAGAUGGGGAGCUGGAGAUUCAGGAUCAAGAAAUUGAAGAACAGAUCAAUAACUUAAAGAGGAGAAAAGCGGCAGGAGUAGAUGGGAUAGCAGGAGAGGCAUGGAAGUUCAGCGACGGGCGGAUAAAGGGAAAGUUGAAGGAAAUCCUGAAAAAGGUGUGA